AUGCCGGGCCUGCUCCACAUCACACUGAUGGCUCUUCUGGCCAGUUCUGACGCCUUCAGACUGGCUUCGUCCCAGCGUGUCAUACCCCUCAGUCCUCCAGUGGCCCGUCUGCUCCAGGAUGAAAGCCCAGCCGUGCCUAGUUUCAUCCAGGAAUUAGUCAGAACCAAACGCCACUCAGUCCAUGAGUUAGUGCGAGCCCAGCCUCAUUUGGUUCACGACAUGGGCUGGCCAGAGAUUCAUGAAAUAUCCCGCUCCCAGGCCCAGAUGGACUCAGCCAACUCCUCUCAGUUCAGCCCACCGUCCUCUGUCAGUCAGGAUGCAGCCAGGACCGCGGCCACUGUGGACGAAAACCUGGAUGUGGAAGACGAGAUGGAGCGUAUGGUUCAUCUGGUGACUCCCCAGGAUGCAGAAAGUUACAGGGGACGGCCGGACGCUGCUGACCCAGAGACGGAGCUCUUCAGUGGGCCAGGGGCUGGUGAUGCCUCCCAGGAGGCCUCUGGCUUCUAUGGAACGGACAUGGAGGACAGAGACAGAGACAGAGGAGAAGAGGGAGGAGAGGACCGAGAGAGACGAGGAGGAGAGGACGAGUGGGAGAGAGACACCGUGGAGGACAGAGAGAGGAGAGGGGGAGAUACCAGAGGGGAGGAGGAAGAGAGGGAGGGAGGCUUGGACGAUCAAGAUGCUUUAGAGGCCAACUACACAUCACCUGAUCUGGAUGCUCUGAUUGGCUACAGUCCAUCUUUCCACCACUCUAACUCCAAGCAGCCCAACACCCCCUCCCCAGCUGAGGUGCAUGAUUCUGGGCCACAGGAGCAUCGUGCACCCCCGGCUCUGGAGGUGGGUCCUUUAGAAAGAGAGCUGUGGGAGGCAGAGACAGAGGAAGACGUUCAGUCCAGUGGCUAUGGAGUCCUUCACUCCUCCAUCACCACGACCAGUACUACACCUACUGCUGCUUCCACUGCUGCUGCUGCUGCUGCUGGAGACGCCGCAGGAACUGCCACCCUUGAGACUGACACUGGCACAGACUUUGGGCUGCUGGGAAGUUAUACAGAAGAUGAGACGGAGGAUGAAGAGACGGAAAGGGAGGAGGAGGAGGAGGAGGAGGAGGAGGAGGAAGAAGAAGAAACAGGUCUGACACACACAGGUGUAUUUAGACAGAAUCCCACUGUACCAGAGGUUGGCAUGGCUCCCAGCAGAGAGCCCCUGCAGCCCAGCGUGGAGGAGGACGAGGAGCUGGAACAGGGACAGGAUGAACUGAAAGACAGAGGUGCAGAGGUGGAGGAGGAGAAAUGGAAAAACAUGGAGAGAGAGGGAACAAGAAUCAGACACAUCGUCCCCCUCACCACGGAUCCCUCCCCGACCAUCAGCUUCACCGACCCAUCCUGGGAUUGGCUGGAAAAGACCACGCCCCUGCAGGCCCGAGGGUCAGAGGUCAGGGGCGGUGGGGUCACAGAAGUCUUCUUAUCAGUCACUGAGUUUGAUGAGAUGAAGGAGAGAAAGCAGGUAGAGUGUGUGGAGUGGAGUGAUCUGGCUGAACGCGGGUAUGUCAUCCUCAACAUGACGCAAAACCUGAACUGUGAGGAGUUUCGCGUGGACCAGGGCCUACGGUUGCUGAAGAUCAUAGAGCGAGUGUUUGCUCGAAGAAUGAAUAGCCCUGAGGGAUCGUGGAGACUCUUCCUCAGCAAGCCUACGCACCAGCAGCACCAGCUGCUGAUGAACGUGGAGUCUGAACAUGGUGUGAUACCUACCAAGGAUGUGCUGGGCAUGCUGGGAGAGAUCAGGAAAAGUCUAAAUAAGGUGGGCAUCCAGAACUACAGUGCAGCCAGUAGUUGUCAGUCUCGUCCCAGUCAAACACGCAGUGACUACGGGAAGCUGUUCGUGGUCCUCGUGAUCAUCGGCUCCGUCUGCAUGGUCAUCAUCACAUCUGGAUUCAUAUACAUCUGCUGGCAAAGGCGACUUCCUGCAACCAAGACUACGUUUCAUGCUGAGGAGCUUCACUUUGUGGAGAACGGUUGCCACGACAACCCCAUGCUGGAUGUGACCAAUGACAGCCAGCCUGAGAUGCAGGAGAAGAAGCCGAGCGCCAAUGGGCUCGCAGGGGGAAGAGAAGCAGGCGGGGUGGACAGCAGUCGCUGGCAGGUGUUUGUCAAUCAGGCAGCGACUGAAGAAGAGGAAGAGGAGCAGGACACACAUCUCUGAUGGAUGAGGAGGAAGAGGAGGUUAUGAAGAAUGGGCAUCUUGGACAGAUGAUAAGUGGAGCUUAAAGGGAAGAAGAAAACAGAAUGUCUGCGAUGGAGAGAAGAUGACAAAGGAGGGAGGAGAGGAGGAGAAA